GCGAACAUCGACCUAAUAAGAGCUACAAGUCAUGGGGUUAUUUAACGGUCCAAUCGUUAUUUUGGCCAUUAAGAUAUUUUUAGAAGUAGACGUAUGGCAUGUGAGUGCAAUCUCGUUUACUAAUAUUUCGUUAUGGAAUCAAACCCCGAAGAGUGAAUUACAAAAUAGAAGUGUAACAACAUUUAAUAAUUCAAGAUGCAGUAACAUAAUUAUGAGUCAGAAAAUACCAGUUUACAUUCCUUAUAAGGAAAUAUAUAGAUCGUCAGAACAAAAUAUGUCUGAAAAGAUUCGAAAUAAUUUUAGGAUAGAGUUCCACACCACACAGACAUGUGGCUGCGAAGGCUACAAUAUUGUAUCCGGUACGGACCGGUGUGUACCGCGUUGCCCGCAAUCUUGCAAGAAAGGUACCUGCAAGGAGCCAGACGUGUGCACCUGCAACGAAGGGUACCGCGUGUCAAACGACAGUAAAUGUAUGCCAGAAUGCACGAAUGGCUGCAUUAACGGCACCUGCAUUGAUCCCGAGGUUUGCAAUUGCAACGAGGGCUACGGGUUGGACUCGGACGGAUUUACCUGCCGGCCCGUCUGCAAUGCAGAAUGUGAACAAAAUCACGGAUAUUGCUCCGAGCCGAACGUGUGCAUCUGCAACAAAGGGUACCGCAUGUCAAACGAUAGUAAAUGUAUGCCAGAGUGCAAAAAUGGCUGCAUCAACGGCACUUGUAGCCCAUCCAAGAUUUGUACUUGCAACGAGGGCUACAGGUUGAGCUUGGACGGAUCCACCUGUCAACCCUUUUGUAACAUGGAAUGUGAGAACGGAUACUGCUCCGAACCGAACGUGUGUACAUGCAAUUCCGGUUACAGAAGAGUCCGUUUUGACUCAUUUCAGUUCAUGUGCAAGCCGAUCUGUGACCCGAAAUGCAGAACCGGCAUAUGCACUGAACCCGGAUCAUGCACUUGCAAUUUUGGAUACAUUUUUGAUGAAACGAAUAGAAUAUGCAAGCCGUACUGCUCGACACCUUGCGGAUUAAACAAGGAAUGCGUAGCGCCAAAUGAAUGCAAGUGUUCCAAAGGAUAUCACAAAAAGGAUAUCGGAUUUAGUUUCGAUCAUUCAAAUUAUGGGAGUUUUAACCCUUUUUUUAGAAGUGAGAUAGAAUUUUCUCCAAGAAGACUGUUGUUCAAGAAGUUCAUAUUUUACUGUGCACCAACUUGCGACUUCGAAUGCAUCAAUGGUAAAUGCACCGCACCAAACGUAUGCACCUGCGACAGGAAUUUUUAUCCACGGUGGAUCGACAAUCAUCCUCCUUUACCUGACAUUUUUCAUGCACCGCGCAUUUGUGACCGUCUCCCCGGACCUCGCUGCAACGAGUCCUCGUGCGGGGUUAAGGGAACAUGCCACGAGUCCGGUAUUUGCAUUUGCAACGACGGUUACGUGAGGGAUACGAAUGGUGAUUGCGUACCCUUCUGCGCCCCAACGUGCUCCAACGGCACAUGUACGGCGCCAAAUCGCUGCGAGUGCCACGACGGCUUCGCGUCGCGAAACGAGAGCUUCUGCGAGCCGAUUUGCGAAAGGGGCUGCAAGAACGGCGAUUGUAUAGGCCCAAAUGAGUGCAUUUGUCAUGACGAUUUCAUAUCGAACUUGAACCAUCACUUAGGACCGGAAUGCAUCCCUGAAUGUACUCGCAACUGUAGCGAACACGGCAACUGUGUCGUCGACCGCAUUGAUAAUAUUGACAUCACCUACAAAUGCACAUGUCACCGCGGAUGGACGGGGCAGGACUGUGAUCAACCGACCAUGUGCAUGAUGGUAAUGCUUGACAAUAACGAAGAUCUCAACAGGUGA